AGAAUUGAAAGUUUGUCUUGUAGUGAAAUAUAAUGUUGUGACCUGUGAUGUCAGUUCCUGUCGUCACGGGGAUUUCCCCGAAAGAGGGACCUCCUGGAACACGGAUAACGAUCCGUGGCGAAAAUUUCGGCAAAAAAGCCGAUGAUUUGAUACAAUUGACGGUUUGUGGAGUCGAUUGCACUCUAUUUGCGGAAUGGAAGUCGCCGAACAAAAUCCUGGCCCGUGUUGGGGCCGGGGAAGGGAGAGGAGACAUCAUCGUUACAACAAAGCAAGGCGGACCUGGAACAUGCAUGGUCAAGUUCUAUGGCUAUUUGGAAGCCGUUGGACCACUCAAAGAAUCUGCGGUGUGGAUCGAAGAAAGAUUUCAGUUUUCUUCGCCGAGACGGCGAAUGACAGCGAGCUCAAUGCCAGGAAACAUCGUCCCAGCAGCUGUUGCUAUGCAGGAAGUGGAAGAUGACGACCCGCUGGGAUUGUCGGAUGAACCCAACGAGCAGGGGACGAAAAAUUCUGUGGCGGACGAUAACAUCAGCAGCAAUAAAUGAAUUGGUUUGCGAUUAUUCGUUUAAUCAUUAACCUUUUUAGUUGAAAAGAAAAACGACUGACUCGAGA